ACCAAACAACACAAAUUCACUUUCUCAAAGGCUCUGAAGAGGAUUUUCGAAACAUGAAUUGGAAGAUUGAAUUUGAUAGAGGUGAAUUUUCAGACGAUCAAAUAGUUGAAAAAAUAAAAACAUCAGGUUUUAAGGAUGGAGAAAUUAUUUUCGAUAACGAAAAGGUUUUAUGGCAUCAAAAUUUCCCAGACUUUAAGAAAAAAUAUUUGAAAGACUAUCCUCAUAGCAAGCCUUUAUAUGAAUAUAAAUUGGAUCUUGAGAAUCUUCUUGUUGAAUCUACUGAACCAGAUAAUUUAGUAUAUGAUUCACAAAUAAGUAGUUGUGAUUCAGACGAUUCUCAAUAUACAAAAGAGAGAAAAUUGAAAAAUAAAGCCAACGAUAAACGUAAAGCAGAAUUCAAAUUAGAGAAA